AUGCUAUCUUCAAUAAGAAGAUUGUCAAUUUCAUCUGUAACAAAACUCCACUAUUCAUCAUUUCAAUCUCCAAAUUCACUUCACAAAUUACUCAUAAUGGAUUCAUCAUCAUCAUCAUCAUCAUCUAAAAGUUCUCAAAGAUUAUAUUGCUUAGCUCAGCAAUUACGUCUUUACAAACCAUCACCACCACCACCAUUUCUUGAUGAUGACACGGAUUUCGAGGAGCAGAAAUUGGAAGAGAGUGCUGGGAAAGUUGUUUCUCAAUUGGGUUUUCAAGAAUCAGUGACACCAGUUGGGAAAGAGGUAGAAAGAUUUAAACCAAAAAGAGCAGCUGUAUUGAUUUGUUUAUUUGAAGGGGAUAAUGAUGGGGAACUAAGAGUUAUUCUUACUAAGAGGUCUUCCAAGCUAUCUACUCACUCUGGUGAAGUCGCAUUGCCGGGAGGAAAAGCAGAAGAAGGAGAUACAAGCGAUGCUGACACUGCAACCAGAGAAGCAAAGGAGGAGAUAGGACUAGAUCCUUCAUUGGUUAAUGUUGUGACUUGCCUUGAGCCAUUCUUGUCUAAGCAUCUUCUUAGAGUAAUUCCUGUGAUUGGAAUACUCUCCAAUAAAAAGGAAUUCAAUCCCACUCCUAAUGUCUCUGAAGUAGAAGCAGUUUUCGAUGUCCCAUUGGAGAUGUUUCUCAAGGACGAGAAUAAGAGAUCGGAAGAAAGAGAAUGGAUGGGAGAAAAGUAUUUGAUUCAUUUGUUUGACUACGAGAUGGACAACAAGAAAUACUUGAUAUGGGGUCUAACUGCUGGUAUCUUGAUUAGAGCAGCAUCAGUUGUAUACCAGAGACCACCUGCUUUCUUGGAACAAAAUCCUAAAUUCAAGCUCCCUAAGGUAGUGGACAAGGAUACUACAAUGAGUUAAACUUAAAUUGAUCAUUGUUCUUGUAUAAUCCAGCUUGUGUCAUAAAUUAAAUGAAUCACAGUGGAGUAUUAUUUGUGUAUUCUUCUAACCAUAUGAUGUAGUCACAUAAUUUAAGACCAUGAAUAAUAAAUUUUACAGCAUUUUUUGUCGCAAAUACACACAAA